GCUUUAUUGUAUCUCUCCUCAAUCUCAUCAAUAAAUAGAACAAGACCACACUAUUACUCAUUUACUCUUCAUCCUCUUCAUCCCCUCCACGCCAUUUUAAACCGCCAUUUCUCUUCUCUUCUCACAACUCAAAACUCAAGAUUCAAUUCACACCCUAACAACAAAGAUGAAACAUCAAACAUUCACAUGCCUCUGUGUUCUGGCUCUAACCAUCAUAGUUUGUUCCAACACAGCAAACGGGGCAGAAGACUUGUCCAAAACAUGUGCUCAGGUUGUUUCAAAGGUGAUUCCUUGUUUGGAUUUUGCGACGGGGAAAGCACCGACGCCGAAGAAGGAAUGCUGUGAUGCGGCGAAGAGUAUAAAGGAUACCUAUCCGGAGUGUCUGUGUUACAUCAUUCAACAGACUCAUAAGGGGAGUCCUGAAAGUAAGAGCAUGGGGAUUCAAGAGGAUAAGCUUCUUCAACUUCCUGCUGUUUGUGAUGUUAAAGCCAAUAUCUCUGAUUGUCCUAAGCUUUUGGGGCUAUCUCCGAGCUCCCCAGACGCAGCAAUAUUUAAAAACGUAUCCAAGAUCAAUCCCCCUUCAUCAGCUGCAUCAUCCACCGGAACUCCGAGCCCACCAACCCCGAGCGGUUCACAUAAGCUUAGACCGGUCAUGAUCAGCGACAUGAUGAUGAUGACUGUAGCCUUUGUUCUUGCCGCAGUACCUACCGGAUUUAUCACCAUUAAAUUAUAAUGAGUUGGAUCUUUAAAUACUUCACCUAACAUAAAGUGAAGUCUGGUUGGUUGUUUUGUUUACUGCAUAUCUGUUUUCUGUAGGACACUUAAUUGGCUUGCAUCUCUCUGCUCUGUGAUGGUUUCUCGAAUUGUGGGAACCUGCACUUUUAUUUUACUGUUCUUAUGUUUCCCAUUAAUAUGGAGUACUAGUUUGGUCGUCAUUAUUUUCAUAGUACUAGUACUAUCUAAGAUAUAAGUAUUUUCAUAAGUUUCUCAAAAAUAUUCUUCUACUCAAAACAUGUAUUUUUAUGCACUUUAAAGGUUUGAUAAUUUACCUUCUAUGUUAAGGGUUAUAUGAAUGAUACAUUUCUAUAA